CUGCAUGUGUAUUAUUUUUCCUUGACGUUGUCGUGACAUUGGGUGCCAGCAGGAAGAAACGCCGGCUUAUAAGAAAGCCGAUUUUCAGUUUAACGUGUCACCAAACACACUUGGAUAUUUAUGACAUCGAAGUCGAGACUCCACAGCAAAGGCACGCGGAUGGCGUCCGAGGUGGCAGCGAGUGGCAGCCUGAAGCAGUGUCGACUGGCUCAGGAUCAGCUGGAGGACGCCAUCAACAGCGUGAUGAAGGCUGAACAGCAGCUGAGGGAGAACAGCAGAGAGGUGCGUGCCGAGCUGCAGAGCUGCGUGAGUCGUCAACAGGAGGCGCUGCGCUGCAGAGAGGUUUGGCUGCUCGGUCAGAUCGAACUGCUGGAGCAACUCAAGACGGAGACUCUGCAGCAGCAGCUGCACCAGCUACACUGGCUGCGAGGUCAGUUUGAUGUGAUCGUCCAUCAGAUGCAGAACUCCAACAGCAGCAACGACCUGAGCAACCAGCUGACCAGCUGCAUGGAGAAGUUGUCUUCUCUCAGUCUGACUCCAGAGGAAACGCCUGAGCUCCGUUUCCACGCUGACACUCGCUCUCUGAGGCAGGCCAUCACCUCGUUUGGCAGCAUCACCGCUCAGCUUGUAGAGGGCAUGUCUUCUCUGAGCCCCGCCUACCAGAGAGGUCCGGUGCAGAGUUGUCCAAUCGCUGCCAAGAAACAGAAGAUGGAGGCCGGCGCUCUGGGUGACUGGCUGCUGGGAACUGCUCCAGUAACCAGUGCUCCUGUUGGCUACCAGUCCAGCAAGAAGCCUGAGGAUUGGCUGGUGUCACAGAAGGAGAGUCAGACUUCCUGUCCCGUCCUGACCUCGAUGGACUUCCUGCAGGCCUGGGGUCAGCUCAGGGACCUGGAGGCGUGGCUCCUCCAGGACCACACCCCCGUCAGCAGAGAGCGGACCACCAGCAGCUGUAGCUCCUCCUUCUCCAUCGAAAAGAUUGAUGAAUCAGAGUUUAUUGACUCUCCUGAGGAGGAGGAGGGGGAGGAGGAGCUGAGCGACUGGCUCAUCACCCCAACAACUGCUGCCAUGGAGACCAUGUCAGACGCCGAGCGAUGGCGGCAGGUGCUGAAGCCGUUCGCCGACAGUUGGUCAUCUAGUGAAUGGCUGGCGGGGUCGAGCCGACCGGCAGCCGACUGCUCCUCCUGCUGUCAGACCACCAAGGCCAUGGAGAUCGAGAACCUGGGCCAGCUCAAGUGCCUGAAGACCCCACCCCCCUCCAGCCCCGCCUCACCAACCACUGCACCUCCAGCAGCUCUCGAGGCGUGGCUUCAGCAGGUGGUGCCGCUGCAGCAGACCUGUAAAGCUAAUGAGGUUUGCUCCACCUACUCUGACUGCGUCUGUGAUGAGAACUGUGGCAAAGAAGCUCUGAGCCUCUGGCUGCUCCAACAGGACGGACGAGACAAGAAUGGAGUCCCUGUGGCCAAGAAUGCCACGCCCACCACCACCAACACCCCGCCCAUCACCAAGAACACCCUGCCAUACACCAAGAAUGCCCCGCCCACACUGCACCACAGGGAGCAGGAACAGAAGGUUCAGGCCAUCCUGGAGGCCUGGCUCCACCCGACCAACACCGCCUCCUCCUCCUCCUCCUGCAGGACUCCUCUGCAGGCUCUCACCCCCUCCCUCUCUGGCUGGGUGGCUCCUGAGGAGGAGAAGGCCAGCAGGGAGGAGCAUAGCUCCCAGUUCAAGACCUCCCCCUCUCUGUUCCAGCUCCCUCUGGAUCCAGAACUCUGGGUUCUUCCAGGACAGACGUGUCCUGUUGCUCCGGGGUCAGGCGGUCCGCCCCAGUCAGCCGCAGAGGAGGACAAAUGGCUGCUAAAGAAGAGGAGUCAGGCUCAGGAGCGCUUGGCGCUGCCCAUGGUCUGUGACCUGUUCUCCUGUAUGAAGGUGGGCGGAGACAAAGACAAAUGGCUGCACAAAGCCCCUGAACAGAUGUGACGAUGAUGAUGAUGAUGGAUGUUUCUUCUUCUUCUCUCCUCUGGAGUCACUUUAUCGCUGAUCAGCGCACACGAUCACAAUCUAACCAUCGCCGCCGCCUUCUUCCUGUGACAUCAUCAGGCUGAGCCGCUUCCCGCAGCUCUCCUCCAAUCAGGAUCAAGAACUCACCAAUCAAUAUACCUGAGUUUAGAGAACAAGAAAAAACUUUCAGAGCCUGAUUGAUUAUUUAAAGUAACUUGAUUGAGGUCAAACAGUCCCUGAUUGUAACGUCUGUAUUUGACUAACAAGAUAUAAAAUCAGUCGCUUUUAUUUUAUUUGGCUAAAGAACAUUUGGAGUCAUCAGAGACUCUUCAUUGAUCGAUUGUUGUCAAAGGUAACUGUCAGAUGAACUGAUGAAGAUGUAUGAAAAACGUCCCAGGAUGCAUUUCAUCAGCUCACAGGACAGGAGGAGAGGGGGCGGAGUCAGGGGACAGGGUCAUAUAUGGUGGGUGGAGUUAAACAUAGAUAUAAACUAACCUUCAUUUUAACAAAGCUUAUUUUAAUCUGUUUUAUGAUUUUAUUUCUGCCUGAUUGGUGGAGAACUUUCUUCUUCGUUGUUUUUUUUCCUGUGAAACUGCUGAACUACAGAGAUCAACUUCCUGUUUCUGAUGCAAAGCGUCUGAUUGGUGGAGCUCAUUGCGCGUCACCUUCUGCCUGUAAGACAGUUCAGAGUCAGAAAUGAGUGUUUCCCAAGAUGCAGUGCGUUUGCAGACAGGUCAUGUGACUCUGUAGUCAGCAGUGAUUGGUGCUUUUUAUUGAAGCUGUUGGGGGGGGGGGCUGUGAUGUCAU